AUGACUAUUCAAGCUCAGAAGGUGGCCCUCUUUGGGGCAAAUGGUCGAGUGGGAAAUGCCUUGCUCCAUGCUUUAGUUAAUUGCAAAGAGCAACGUUUCGAGAUUCUAGCUUUCAUUUCUCCCAUGUCAACGCUGCGACUCUCUGUACGGUCGGAAUUUGUUACGUCUGUGCAUCUCGACAUCUCGAGCGCAUCACCCGAGGAGAUCGGCAUCAAGCUACAAGGUGUGGAUAUUGUGCUGAGCGCUCUGGGCGGGAACCUUCUUGAUCGACAGCGAUGCAUCCAAGACGGCGCUGCGCUCGCUGGUGUAAAACGAUUCUAUCCUAGCGAAUUUGGCAUGUGCCAAAUCCCUAUCUUCCCUGGAAGUCAACCAAUCCUUCAUCCGACAUGGUUACAGAAGCUGCAGUGUCUUGAGAGUGCCAUCAGACAUCCGGCUGUGCGAUCAGGCAAGAUGACAUAUACUGUUAUUGGCUGCGGCGAGCUAUUCGAUGCCCCGGGAGAAGACACUCUAUGCCCCUGGCACGACAGCAAUGCAGAAGAUUACACCCUAUACGUAGUUGGCAAUCCAGAUGCUCUGAUGGACUAUUCGUCCGUCAAAGAUGUCGCCGAAUUCCUUGUGUCCACCAUUUGUCAUCCAGAGUACUCGGAGAACAGAAUUCUGGGAUUUCGCGGAGAUCACACUAGUUUCAGCGAGGUCGCAAGUUCUCUAAAGCGGCAUUCGGGAAGAUCAGUGAGUCUGAAAUUCAUAUCAUUUGAGGACGCUGAGAAUUGGAUUACCAAUCCCUCCCUGAUUCCUAAGGAUGUCCAUUUCGAUAGCGGCUUUCCUGGCGACUUUCUCCUUUUGCUUCGCUAUGUCCAGGGCCAGGGAAUCUUCUGGCGCCCCCGGGGGCAAUUUCAAGAUCAUCUGCUCCAACGGGAGCCGCUGUCGGUGGAUGAAUAUUUUCAGGCAUUGUUUUCGAAGAACUCAUGA